UGGUAUAAAUACAAACCCCCUGACACAACUCUCGUCCCUUUUGAUUUUGCUCUCUCUCGGUGGCUAGGCUUUUGGCGCAACUCUCUGAGUCUCCCCACCCCACAUCAGAGAAAAAUGUAUCAGUCUGAGCUACGCCUUCAAUGCAUGUCCCUCGUCCUUUUGGUUGUACUUGUCCCUCAUCUUCUAUCUGAUGCUCGGCCUCUGAAUCCAAGCAUGGAGGUGGAGGGGAAGAAAAAGCAAUCCUUAUCCAGUUCAACUUUUGAGGAACCGGUCAAAGAGCAAGAUGUAGCCAAUAAAGGAGAGAUUCCAGCUAUGUAUUCCCCUCCUUCCCACAUCGGAGAUGAGAUGAGUACUGCUGGACAGAGGGAUCAUGGUGGUAAAUAUGUCUCACUUGAUCAGAAAGGUCCAGUCCCACCUUCUGAGGCCAAUCCUAUCACACAUGGGCCAUGAAUGCUAUUUGCAACCCUUGAUGAGCUGAGUUGGUGUUCAAAAAACUUGUUGCUGUAAUUAAUGUUGCUUAAGGGGCUACUCGGUAAAAGCCAAGACUUUUAGUAAUGUUAUUUUUAGUUUUUGAAUUAAAAUACAUGCUGGUAAAAAGAUGUGUGAAAAUACAUAUAAAAAUGUUUAAAUACUGAAAACGGUUGUUUAAAAAAUAAUAACAAAC